AUGACCUCGGAAAAGAGCGAUACCAGCCAAGAAGCUUCGGACCCGCAGGAAGCUGAAGCAACAGCUAGACCUGGCGGCACCAACCAUGGUCGUGAAAUUGAAGAGAGCUCGUCUGUCAGCGGCCAAACCAAGUGCUCGAUCUGCCAGAGCACGUUCCGGAGACCCGAGCACCUGAAGCGCCAUUUUCGCAGCCAUACCAAGGAGAAGCCUUUCGAGUGCACUCAAUGCGGUCGUCAUUUCUCCAGAACUGACACGCUUCAUCGCCAUGAAUUGAGUCAUCAUACCAUAGGCACUGACGGAGGAAAAGACCGCACACAUAGAAUCACUGUCAAGACGUUUCGCGCUUGUUACAAAUGUGCGCUUGCGAGGGUGCGUUGUAGCGGUGGUAUGCCGUGUACUCGUUGCGAAAACAGGUCUCUCGAAUGUCAGUAUCCGACCGAGCGACGCUCCAAAGCCAAGGUUCAGAAGGGCGCAACCCAAACUAUAUCGCUCGAUGGGAAAGGCCCGCUCUCCGGAUCAACCUCACUUCCCUUCUCUGUGCAUGGCCCCGAAGCCUCUCAGAACAAAGAAAGUGGAAAUCCCGUCAGUCAACCCGGAUAUCAAAUGGGUCAGUUUCAACUGCACGUGUCGGAAUCCCAUAAAGUUUCUACGCCCCGUUCAGAUGGUAUGGUGGGAUCCAAUUAUCAUGCGCACUUAGAACGUGACGGAAAUUCGCCUUCCUUAAUUCGAGCGGACGUUGCUGCUGUCUCGGAAUCGUACCCCCCGUACGGCCGUGUAAACCAACAAUCAUAUCCCCAGGCACCGCUAACUCAGAUUCAAACGCCUUUAACAGUUGACCAAAAACGACUCAGCUAUUCAUUAGACGGUCGACACGCAGAAGCUCCCCCACCUAGUAACUUCGUUACUGGGAUUCCGGGCUCGGACAAUGCACAUGUACAAUUAGGCUUCCCGCAACCACUUCUAGGUCAAUCCGCAGUUCCUACAAUAAAUUGGCUAUCAAGUGACUUUUUGCUCGAAUCGGUGCCUGAUCAAGGUUUAACGUCUGGGGCCCAGCACCCUUUUCAAGCAGGCGUUUUCGAGGGCUCGUUAAGCCAGACAACAUGGCUACCUCCGGUUAUCAAUACGGAGCCCCAGGGCUCUUCUUUGUCCGGGAGUAUCUCUCAAACUCCAUCUGGAACUACUUCGCUUGGCGAUGUAGAAAGCCCCGGUCAUUUCACUCGUGGACUGCGUCAACAAUCACAAUCGGGACCAUCCAAACGGCCCACAGACAAUACUGCUGAUGAGCCAAGUGAGCGACUUCCAAAGCACAGGCGAACUCAGUCAUCGUGGCCAACGCAAAAUGCCGAGUCUCUCGAUAUAUUCCUAAAGUUCCAAAAUAGCAAACCUCAAUUUGCAUUCCCGGCAACUCAGGAGUUACAGACGGGCUCCGUGCCUGACACCCCAGUUGGUUGCAGCCUUGAACCUACAACGUACGACGAAAUACACCACGCAUUUUUGCGUCUGUGUUGUACAGAGAACUUUCUAUAUUCCAAAUUCGAAUCGCCCAAUUUUCCGGACAAACUGACGCUAUCGAAUUUUCUUCAUCAUUAUUUUCACUUCUUCCACCCCAUAUACCCAAUUUUCCAUACUCCAACAUUUAAUCCAAACAAAUGCCACUGGAUAGUCACACUUGCGUUAGUCGCAAUAGGCAGCCACUCUGCAAGCUUCUGUGAGCAAAAUGGGACGGCUACGGCAUUCCAUGAGUUUCUUCGUCGAGCAGUCUGCGUUGAGAAAGAGAAAAGCCUGUCUGAACCCCUGCCACUCUGGCACCUUCAAGCAAUGUUACUGAAUUGUAUUGGGAGGCUUCAUGGAGGCAGUGAAAAUGGCAAGCUUUCCGCACUUGGCGACUUUGGUGAUCUCAUCAACCUUGCAACGCGUGAGAAGCUCCUGUCCCGCUCAGACAAUCCGACUACUGAAUCAGAUCAACCGCCCGAUGAGCAACAAUGGAUACUAUGGGUUGAAGAAGAAUCUCGAAGACGUACUGGCUAUCUGAUAUGGCUUGUGGAUUGUACAGCUUCCUACCAGUUUGACACGAAACCACAUUUUUCUCUAGACGACGGCCAAGCACCCCUUCCGUGUAAUGAGAAGAUUUGGCACGCAGCCUCGUCUCGUAUAUGGAAAGGUCUUCGUGAGGAGCACUCAGAGCAGGAAAAGAUUUCCCUUUACGACGCGGUACUGACUCUGUACAUCGAAAAAAGGCUUAUACCCGAAAUAGGCGAGCUCAGUCACAUCCUGCUCAUACAUGCGCUAUAUCAUCGAAUGUGGGAGGUCGGAGAGUACUUCCGCCGUCCACUCUCAUUCUGGAAUCCAACCGCCAAAAAGCAGUCCCGAAAGCUAGCAAUUCCAUCAGGGUCUGUUUGGCUACCAGGGAUCCCUUCGUAUUCGAAAUGGCGCAACAGCGCGUGCGAUUGCUUGGAUAUUCUCCAUUGGACUGCGAAUGGCACCAUAGCCAAAGCAAACGGACACGAACAUCCCACAAUCUUGCAUCUCCACACAGCCCGUAUCAUACUUCUUGCGCCGUUCCGGGAAAUUCGACAUCUAGUAAACCUCCUAGCAAUGCAGAAAGUCAACUGGGAAGACCGCCAGCAGGUUAUUGAGUGGCAUUAUGUGUUGCGCUGGAUCAAGCACGAUCAAUAUAAGGCCCGGUUAGCAGUGAUUCAUGCCGGAUCGGUGCUAUACCAUGUGCGCAAGUACUCCACCAAGGCAUUUCAUGAGCCAGUAGCCACCUACCUUGCAAUCCUCACGCUAUGGGCGUACGGGCUGUGCUAUAAGCAAGCCUCUCCCGAGCUUGCGACUUCUCGACGCGACUCAGCAAUCGGGCCUAGCGUUAUCAACCUCGACCAGCCGUGCUCUGAUGAGCUAGUCCAAUCCUUUGUUAGGGAGGGUCAAAUGAUGAAAGGGAUGUUGACGAAUGUAGGAGAUAUUUGUGCGCCACAUGGGCCGGAGGAAAUCUUACGAGUUGGCUGCGAAACACUCUCGGGUCUUCACUCCUGGGGCUUGGCGAAAUCAUUUAUGGUAACUUUGAUGAGGCUUAUUGAUUUGGUAUGA